AAUCCGUUCUGUUGGUAACAGUGCGGUACACAAAACAACGCCAGAAAGUGCUAGAAGAAAGGUUGAAAGAUCGUACAAUACGGAGGGUGGAAAUUUCCUUUACAAAAAAAUAAUAAUGCCGGUAAGGGUGGAUAGUGUGCCUCCCCCACCGGCCAAUUCCAAACAGCCGGGAAUUGCCAAAACUUUGCUCUACAAUGGUUCAAAAUUUCAAGGGUUCCAAAAGUCCAAAGGCAGUUCUUACGAAGUGGAAGUGGUUUUGCAGCACGUUGACGAAGAAAAUUCUUACCUUUGUGGUUACUUACAAAUAAAUGGACUAACAGACGAAUAUCCUACCUUAACCACUUUUUUCGAUGGUGAAAUCAUAAGUCGAAAAUAUCCAUUUCUAACCAGAAAAUGGGAUGCAGAUGAAGAUGUGGAUAAAAAACAUUGGAGUAAAUUUUCAUCCUUCGCACAAUUUUCGAAGACCUUCAACUCAGAUACUUUCGAUUAUAAAGCUUUAGCAGAUACAGAUUUCGUAUUCAUGAGAUGGAAGGAGCAUUUUCUUGUGCCAGAUCAUACUAUUAAGGAUAUUAGCGGUGCUUCUUUUGCUGGAUUUUACUACAUUUGUUUCCAAAAAUCUACGGCUACAAUUGAAGGCUAUUAUUACCAUAGGAGUUCGGAAUGGUAUCAAUCCUUGAACUUAACACAUGUGCCUGAAAACAGUAUACAAAUCUAUGAAUUCAGGUGAACAAUCCAAGAAAAACCCCUUUACUCUGUUACAAACCUAUGAAAUAACCGAAGGCAACUAUUUCGAGGUAUUUUAGAUGUUACUACGAUUUUCUGUUUUCCCUGUCACUACAUCUAUCUACGUUAGAAUAGUUCGAACACAAAAUUACGUCAAAACUGUUAGGAAAAGAGGGUGUAACAGAAUAAAAAAAAUAAUUUCUAUCCUCUUGCCAAACCACAUCUAGAAAGAUGAGUUGUUCACCUUUUCAACGCGCUAGUUUUUCAAAUUAUUUUACUGAAAUUCGUCAUUCAAAAUAUAUAAGAAUUUUAAAAUAUUAUUUUGAUUGAAAAUUCAGGAUUUUUUGUUGAUAAUGCUUAAAAGAAUUUUAUACGGGGAUUUUGUUGCCCUUGAUAUUUUGAAUACGGAAAACUAUUUGAAAGUUGUUAAUUGUUUUAAUUUUACAUUUUGUGACGAAUAAUUACUGUUAUACUAUCCUUGUGUGGUAUUCAAUUAUGAAUUUGUUAUUUUCAAUUUAUCAACAGCUUUAAUAGGAAGUUGAAAAGGUUUAGAAUUUGAAAAUUUUCUAACAAUGCAUACCAUUGAUGUUCUUGGUUGUGAUACAUUAAAUAAGUAAAAAAAAAUUACUAGCUUGAAAUAUUUAACCCUCUACAAUUGUGAAUUUAACAUUUCUAAGGACUAUUUCUGGCUCAGUAUUAACCAUAUCAAGAAAAAUAAGCAAACUUUGCACAAUUGAUUUUCUUUGAGAGUUAAAGAGCCCGAUUUUAAUUUUUAUGCAUGUUUUAUUUUCUCCAUUACUCAUUGUAAAUAUUUAUGUCUGUAAUGUACUCUCAACUCCAAACUAUUGUUAUAUAUACAAUUAUUGUCUGGUUUUAAAUUGAUUUAAUGCAAGAAAUAUAAAAUUUUGGUUAUGAUCGAUUGUAUGCCUCAGUUUUAAAAACUUGUAAUCUUUUUUUUAAAACUAUCAUGACAACAUAAAAUUUUCUUUGUCCAGAGUAAUUGUUAUGUAUAUUGUGUACAAAUUGCAUAUAUUUUGAAUUGUUUUCAAUUCCCAUUUUGGUUGAAAUAAAUUAUUUUUCUUAAAA